AGAGGCGAAGCGGGGGGCGGCAGGGGACGGCGGCGGCGCGGUUGCUAAGUCUGAGCGACAAGAGGCAAACAUGGCCCAAGCGCCCACUGAUCCAAGUAACAUGGAAACCACUGACCCAGAGGAGAGUUCUCCAAAUAUGAUAGUCUACAGAAAGAUUGAAGACAUCAUUACAAGAAUGCAAGAUGACAAAACAGGUGGAGUUCCCAUCCGCACUGUCAAGAGCUUUCUAUCCAAAAUCCCCAGCGUCGUCACUGGUGCUGAUAUUGUGCAGUGGCUUAUGAAGAACCUCAGCAUUGAGGAUCCAGGGGAAGCAAUACACUUGGGAAGUCUUAUCGCUGCACAGGGUUACGUCUUUCCGAUCUCAGACCAUGUUCUUACCCUGAAAGAUGAUGGGACAUUCUAUCGUUUUCAGGCACCGUACUUUUGGCCUUCAAACUGCUGGGAACCAGAAAACACAGAUUACGCCAUCUAUCUUUGCAAACGGACCAUGCAGAACAAAGCUAGGCUGGAGCUGGCGGAUUAUGAAGCCGAAAACUUAGCAAGACUUCAGAGAGCAUUUGCAAGAAAGUGGGAAUUCAUCUUCAUGCAAGCUGAGGCCCAAGUGAAAAUCGACAGAAAAAAGGAUAAAACAGAAAGAAAGAUUUUGGACAGCCAGGAAAGAGCAUUCUGGGAUGUGCACAGGCCUGUGCCGGGCUGUGUGAACACCACAGAAAUGGACAUUAGAAAGUGUCGUCGUAUGAAAAACCCACAAAAAGUGAAAAAGUCAGUAUAUGGGGUCACAGAGGAAUCUCAGCCCCAAAGCCCUGUACAUGUGCCCUCCCAACCUGUACGCAAAACUACAAAAGAGGAUUUCCGGAAACAAAUAACUUUUCUGAACGUGCAAAUAGAGAGACAUUGUUUAAAGAUGUCCAAAGUAGCAGAAAGUUUAAUAGCCUACACAGAGCAGUAUGUGGAAUAUGACCCCUUUAUAACUCCUGCUGAGCCUUCCAAUCCCUGGAUAAGUGAUGAUGCAGCGUUGUGGGACAUUGAAAUGAGCAAAGAACCUAGUCAGCAGCGUGUGAAAAGAUGGGGUUUCUCCAUGGAUGAGGUGCUGAAGGACCCAGUAGGACGAGACCAGUUCCUUCGUUUCCUGGAAUCAGAAUUCAGCUCAGAAAACCUCAGGUUUUGGCUGGCCGUCCAAGACCUCAAGAAACAACCUCUACAGGACGUAACCACCAGAGUGGAGGAAAUCUGGCAAGAGUUUCUAGCUCCCGGGGCCCAAAGUGCUAUCAACCUGGAUUCCCACAGCUAUGAGAAAACAAGCCAAAAUGUCAAAGACCCAGGGAGAUACACAUAUGAAGACGCACAGGAGCACAUUUACAAGCUGAUGAAGAGUGACAGCUAUGCGCGCUUCCUCCGUUCGAAUGCUUACCAGGACUUAUUGCUGGCGAAGAAGAAGGGAAAGUCUCUGGCGAGCAAGCGCCUCACGGGCCUGAUGCAGUCCUCCUGACGGCUUCAGCCGACCGCCCCGCAGGAGAGACACCCGGGACUGCCGCCGGGGACGGGGCGUUUCGGGGAGAGUGGGUCCCUGCCGGGGAGAGAGCCUGAGCCAGCACAAGCGGAGAGCCACGCGCCGGGGGACCGCCUCUCUUCACAGGUUACAUCGACACUUUCCUGCCUGUACAGCUCUGUAAGGACGCCGAGCUCUGUGCAGGUACUUUGUUUCCGACCGGGGUUUGGAGGAGCACGCUUCACCAUACGCAGCAGGUCGACAAGGCAAGGGCUUGCUGUCUUGUUAUUGAAGUAAACAGGCCCAGCUGCAACUUGGAGAAAGAAGACCUGAGAGAGAUCGGUGUUUUUCCUUGAUCUCUUCUCUCCCUGGCACAAACGCAGCUGUAAUAGAUGGUGCCGCAAUCCCACUUGCUCCCUUUCUUGUGGCCGUCUGGAUCCAAUAAAGUAUCUGCGGGAAGCUGCUUCUCUUUUUCACAAAAUCUCAAAUGCAUUUCUCCUGCAGAUUCAUUGACUUUAGCUUUGUUUUUCUUUCCUAUGUCUCUCCUUUAAAGCAAUGGGAAAAAAAAAAAAGGCAGUGUUUAAGUUCGUCACUCCCUGUCCUUCCAAUAGCAUGUAGCAUGUCCAAAGAUGAUGGCCAGAUCCUCAGCUGAAGCCAGAAGAGCGUGAGUGGUUUUCAUCACCUGAGGAUCUGCCCCAUUGAGUCAGACUCUGAUCUUGGUGCAAAUCUUCUGAUGUCGGCGGAAUUGCUCUGCAUGUCCGUGUAGUGCAGUAUGAUCAGACUCUGCCUGAUGUUCAAAAAGUCAUGUUUUAGAUGUGUAAUGCACACACAAACACACACAUCCGGUAUUUAAAAGUGAGUUGGUUUAUAUUGUAUUUGAUUUUCUAUUUAUUUAAGGUUUUGCAUACUUACUCCAUGAUGGAUGUUCAAGCUUUACUCCAAGUAGAUAGAAUUGAACCACUUAGAGGAGACUCCAACUCCAAUCGCAGAGGGCCAAAACCUGUUUACGUGUGUACAGGGAAAGGCAACUCUGAUGUGGGCAGGUGUCAAAAUUCAGUCUGCAGUGAGGAGGGGAUUGAUGGAGAUGGGACCAGCUGCAGCAGAGUGUGAAUGGGCAGGGCACUGGAUGCCAGGUAACCCUUCCUGAACAGCAGCACACCAAGCUAUGAUACAAAGCUCAGAUAACUGACUCCGCUGAGAAGCACCGUUGUAAGAGUGAAAUUGUACCACUUGUGGAAAUGAGCUUCCACUAAAAUGCAUCUGACCUACAGCCCAUGAAUACAACUGCAAGACAUGACCCAGUAGCUUGUUUCAAACUGUUGGGAGUAUGGAGGUUAGGAUGAGGACAGAACUGAAGUGACUUUAAUUAAAAAAAAACAUGUAUACUAGCUGCAGAUAGGAAAAUGGACUGCAUUCACAUACAGUAUAUUGCCUAUACAUGAAAAUUUCAAGACUCAGCUGACUUAGUGCCACAAAACCUUCUGUAUUUUGCAAGCAGUUCAGAUCUGAAGCAUGUGUGAAGAUAGACACUUAUUGGUCUUCCUCACUCAUGCCAAGGCAAACUGGCUUUUUGUGCAGGUGGUAGAAAUUGCUAUAUGGCUACAAGUCUGCAUUCCUACCUAGGCAAAACCAUCUAGCUAAGUAGACAGCUGGCUAUCAACAAUAUUCACUUCUGAGGCAAGUAUUAUUCUAAUAUCUAAGGUCUAUGUAUGCACAAAAUCAGGCCAGCACAGAGCUGGCCUGUCAGAAAAAGGACCUUCCCUGUUUACCCAUGACAUUUCUCAUUUUGAGACCUCUUUUUUUUUUCCCGAGAAAACUCCUAUUAUCAAUCUUACCUAAGGUCCAUAGGACCUUCAACAUCUGCAUGAAUGUACAGUAGAAUAUUGAGUAUGAUAUUUGUUCUUUACACACACCUGUUCCCAUAAACAGCCUGCUGUCUGAGGUCUUCAGACCAAAUUCGUCCUACGCAUACAUGACACACACGUGAGUUCCAGGCCUGCAGAACCAUCAUGGAUGUGCCUGUAUUUUCACGUGGUGUCCUGGCUCUAAAGGGGACAUUCGUUUCCCUCCAAACUGUCACUUAGCUGUCCUUGCAGGACCUGUUUGACCUCUGUUGCGCCCCCCAGCCAAAAGGUCCCCUUGGGUAAUAGCAAGUCUUCACGUAACAGGCCCAGUUGUCCAUUCAUGCACAUUCAUACAUGUCCCCUUAUGUCGUCCCUAGGAAAAUGCAAAGGCUGGCUCUUCUCAGAGCCUUGUUGACGGUGUUUUUAUCUGUGUCAAAUCUGCCAUUGCCAUGUGUCUCUGGAGCUCUGUAAACCAACAGCUGCUCACGCCCCAAGCUACUCUACUGCCAGUGUUGCCCAGCCUCUAGGCUGAGGCAUUUCCCGCGGGAGGUCUGUUCCAUGAACCCCCCAGCUGUUCUGCAGAGCAUUCCUGAGCGGGAUGUACACAUAAAGCAUGAAACUCUGGUGUGUAGCAAGGAAUGGAGACAGCAAAGUGUUACCAGGGUGUCUCUGCUUUGCAGUGAGAUCAUGACACUGGACAUGUCUUCUCCUGGGGGAAGGAUGGGGUAGCUCCAUGGAGGUACUCCUCAGUGUCCUGCAGCAUGGGGGCACACAUGGGCAGGACCGGAGGAUGCUGGCGGGUGCAUGGGACAGGUGGAAUUUGGGUUACGGUCUGUGCAGGGAGCAGCAAUGCCAGACUUUAAGUUGGAGAUGUGCUGUUGCCCUAUGAGCGAAGCGCCCUGCUCUGUCUUUCCUGCUCCCUUCCUGCAGGACAGUCAUGUUGGCUGCCGCAGUGUUUUGCCUGUGGGGAAUGUGCUGUGUUUGAACAGUUGAGUGCAUGGAGGGAAUUUUUACAGACACAGAGAGCAUGCAUAUGGGCGUACAUCAGGGGGCCUGGAUGCUGAACAGCUUGCCAUUUAAAUGCACACUCGUGCAAGCUAAUCUGCUCAGUAAUGGCUAGCUGAGCGGACAGAGCUACAUAUUCUCUGGAGAGAAGAAAGCUCUGCUCCUCAUUUCCUGACUAAAUUUCUCUAAAACAAACAUGAGACUAGACAAGGCCUCCUCCCGGGAAUAUAUAUGAACGGCUCUUCACGUGUCUUCUACUUCACAUAUGAUGAUACUAACAUGGAACUACUUCCACAUGAACUGCAUCCUUAAAUUAUUGCUUUUUAAUGACAUCAUUGCUUAUUCCAAGUGAUGCUACUCUUGUACACUCACCAGUAGCCCAUUGAGUGUUGCAAGCAGUAAUCUGCUGCUUUAUAAGCAUCCCAUGUCUUCCAACUACCUCACCAUCCUGAAGAUGAGUUAGGAAAUCAGCUUUCCACCUCUAUUUAUGUUCUAAAUGGCAUUGUUUCAAGGAAAGGCAGUCUGGAAAGCUUUUACGAUGUCCAUGCUGUGCAAGCUAGCUGCAAAGCUUGCCAUACUUACAAGGCCAUGGCUGUGAAAUACAGCUGUACACUGUUGUUUGGAUAAUAGAGUGUCCAGAGCAUUCAUGGCUAUUGUGGCGAAACAGCACCAGGACAAGCACUAGGAAGGUUCAACAAGCCUGUGCAGACAGUGUUAGGCUAAAGCAAAUGGAUUAAUGUACUCUGGGUAUAACUCAGCACUAAGAUCCCAUAGAGUACUGUAAUAAAAUGGUAGCAGGGCAGCCAUAAAAAGUGGCAGUAAGCUGACAUAAUAAUACCAGGAUAAAUGUAGCAAUAAGGUAACACAGGCCACUGCAGUAAAGUAGCAUUUUGAUAAUGCAGCAAUAAGACACAACAGGAUGCUGCAGUAAAUUAGUUUGGGGAAUAAGGCAGUAAUAACGGUGUGUGCGGACAAACGGUGGUACAUUUGUACUGGGUACUGCAGCAAUAAAGAUAACACAAGGUGUCCUAGUAAUAAGUUACUACAGUAACAACAACACGAUGCACUGUAAAGUUUUAUCAGGAUGCUUCCAUGCUGCAGUCAAAUCAUACAAGAGGUGGUAGCGAGACAAUGAAGACAAAAUAUGCCCCAUUUCGGACUGCAAAAGAUGAGUCAGUUUUCUGCACAGUAACACAAAUUCUGGAAUGAUCUCAACAAUACCAAUCUUAUCUCUCCCCGCUUUCCAGGAAGCUGAAGGCAAGAGCAUUCCCCAUCCAGUCUAUUAUUUUGGUCUGAAAAAACAAAAAUUUACUCAUUGUCUCUUCAGCCAAAUUGCCACAGACACUGGUGAAGUUCUUCAGUUAGUCCUUACUCGGGUGAAACCCCAGUCAUUUCGGUGAGACCUUUGUCUUGGAAAGGAUUUGGCUCUCUCAUCUUCUGGCAUGGGUGAUGCUUUUAGCCUACAAUUAUUUCUGGUUUGGGGUGGGCGAAGGGGAACCCAGGUACAGAACAUCUGACUGUACUGGUCUGUUUCCUGAAAUGCACAAAUAAAUUGAGCA